UUUACUGUGAUUUCGUUUUUAUUUAAUUGAUUAUCUUUAUUAUCAACAAUAAUUAUCAUUCAAUAGUAGUAGCCGGAUGAGCCGAAAUCUUGAUUUUGAAAAAUUAAUUUCGAACCAUCAUCAAUAUAGUUGGUGACUUUUUCCUAAAAAGACAUUGAUUUAAUCGAAUCUUUCUGUGUGUUCGAUUUUUUUCUUUUUUUUAUAUUUGCUACUCUCAUUUUGUACGUCUGUCAAACGAUUAAUCACAUUUUGAAUCCUGUUCGCUAAAUAUAAUCAUAUUCUACGGAACUUGUGUGCCAUGAAAUUAUUGAAUAAUAAUAAUAUUAAUAGACGAGCUUUUGAUUCAAAUAUAAACGUUGCCAUCAUGUCAUCUAAUCAUCGUAAACGUCGUGGAAAUUUGCCCAAAGAAUCUGUUAAAAUUCUACGAAUGUGGCUUUAUGAACACCGUUAUAAUGCAUAUCCAUCAGAUCAAGAGAAACAAUAUCUGUCACAAAUGGCUAAUCUUAGUGUACUUCAGGUUUGCAAUUGGUUCAUUAAUGCUCGACGAAGGAUAUUACCAGAUAUUAUACGCAAAGAAGGCAAUGAUCCUUUGAAGUAUACGAUUACAAGGAAAAGCUCAAAUAAACGGCAAAAUAAUCAUGGUAGCCAAAAUCAUAUUUCAUCACGUACAGUUUCACAAUACGGUUUUGGUUGUAUAAUCGAUAAUCAAAGAUGUACUACAAAUGAUGUUGACGAUGAUGAAGAUGAUGAUGGAUUCAGUUCGAAUGACAGUAGCGAAGAUAUUGAUAGCAGUGCUGAUUCGGACAAUGGUAGUACGACUAGCACGGCCAAUUCCAAUACAAGUGCCUAUAGUAGACCAUUGAGCUGUUCAUCAUUUAACGAUUCACCAUUAAAACUGACCAAAAGAUGGAGAAAAAAUCAUGAAGAAGAGCAACAAUUACAACAAGCCGAAUUUAAUUUAAUUGUUAAUGAUAAUAAUAAAAGCAAUGGAAAAACAAAACGAGCCAUUCUGGAUAUAGAUCAUUCAGGAUCGCCAUUCGUACAAUAUCACCACCGACAUCAUCAUCAUUAUAAUUCAUAUCGUGUUAGCAAUACGACAACAUCAAUUGUAAAUUGGAUUAAUCAAACGACGGGCAAUUCGGCUGCUGCCGCAGCUGCAGCAACAAUGAUGCAAUUAUCAUCAUCAUCAUCUAAUUGUUCGAAUGAAUCAUAUUCUCCAGAUCUAUCUUCAUUGAAUGAUCAUUCACUUUCAUCACCAUCGACAACAUUAUCUUCAUUAUCAUCAUCAAUAAAUGGUGAUGAUCAUAUUGAACAACAAUCAAUAUCAUCAUUAUCAUCAACAUCAUCAUCUGUAGCCGGAUCACCAUCAUCAUUUAAUUAUCUAUAUCUAUUAGCUUCGGCUGCUGUUGAAAGGUUAAGCAGUCACAGUAACAAUAGCAAUGAUGAUGAUCAUCACCAAUCUUCAACUAUCAAAAAUGAUGAAAGUAAUAAUAAUCUAAAAUUGGCCAUUAAAACGUAACACCUAAACCUUACUUGAAAUUAAUAUACUAAAUCGCCCAAAACAGACUCUAAUAUUAGACUCGCUAUCAUUCAAGACUCAAAAGACAAAAAUUUUUAGAUCAAAUUCUACCUCUUUCUUUCUUUUACACAUGAAUUUCGAUAUUUUUUUCGUUAUCGGUCAUUAAUCAAUUAGAUUCGAAUUUAGAAAUAUUCAAACAAACAAACAAAAAAAUAAGUUUCCAUUUUGGUUUUAAUUUAUUUUU